AUGGAAGAACUUAAAAAGUAUGAUAAUGAGUAUGAAAAUAGAUCUAUUGAAGAAAUAGCAGAAAGAACUAAAUUAAUAAUUUCUGAGACAAGAAUUUUGCAAAGCAGAGUAAAUAGCAUUAAACAUGACACCGCUACUAAGUCUUCACAAGUUUAUGAGAAUAUGGAAAAAAUUCGAAUAAAUAAACAAUUACCUUUUCUAGUUGGUACCUUGGUAGAAUUGCUAAAUAAUGGAACCGGUGUUGUUAAUACAUCUACAAGAAUUACGUCUUACCUGCCUAUGUUGGGCCUUGUAAAUGAAAAUGAAUUGAAGCCUGGUGACCCUGUAGCUCUGCAUAAAGAAACAAAUAUUAUUUUUGAAAAACUGCCUCCUAAUUAUGACACUAAAGUGAAAGCUAUGGAAUUGGAUACUAAACCAGAUGAAACUUAUGAAGACAUUGGUGGGUUAGAAAGACAAAUUGAAGAACUGAAUGAAGCCAUUGUCCUUCCUCUUACACAUCCAGAAAGAUUUGCUCGAUUAAAAAUUAAACCACCUAAAGGUGUAUUAAUGUAUGGUCCUCCUGGAACAGGUAAAACAUUAAUGGCGAGGGCAUGUGCAAGUAAGACAAAUGCGACAUUUCUUAAAUUGGCUGGCCCGCAAUUGGUACAAAUGUACAUAGGAGAUGGUGCCAGGCUUGUUAGAGAUGCCUUUGCUUUAGCUAAAGAAAAGUCACCCACUAUUAUUUUUAUUGAUGAAAUUGAUGCUAUUGGUACUAAAAGAGUUGCAUCUGAUAAGACAGGUGAUAGGGAAGUGCAAAGAACUAUGUUAGAAUUACUUAAUCAAUUGGAUGGGUUUACCUCGCAUGAUAAUGUCAAGAUUAUUGCUGCUACGAAUCGUGUGGAUAUUUUAGAUCCAGCACUUCUUCGAAGCGGGCGACUUGAUAGGAAAAUCGAGUUCCCUUUACCGAAUUCUGAAGGAAGAAAACGUAUAUUACAGAUACAUUCGCGAAGAAUGAAUAUUGAUCCUCUUGUGAAUUUUGAUGAAAUAUCUAGAAGUACUGAAGGGUUUAAUGGUGCACAAUGUAAAGCUGUGUGUGUUGAAGCGGGAAUGGCGGCUCUUAAAAAAGAUAAAACACAAAUCUCUCAAAAUGAUUUUAUGGAUGGUAUAUUAGAAGUGCUGUCAAGGAAGAAAUCAAAAUUAAUAUAUUUCACUUAA